UAUUUAAAGAAAUAUUUUGUUUCUUUUUGUUUCUUUGUAGGAUAUAAACUUGUUUCAUAAUAAUAUAUCAGUAAUUGGUUCAAAGGUACUGGAAUACUUGAAUAUUAUUGUUUUACAAAGUUUCUAUAUAGCAGAAAAUCCAAUUGAAUGUUCUUGCGUAAAUAAACAUUUUCUCGAAUACGUUCUAUUACCUCGUGUUUUUAAUGAAGAUCUACGUCAAAUAAAAUGCCUUGACGGAAACAGAUAUUUCCAUGAAUUGGAACCAGACAAAUUGUGCAUUAGUCUACUUCAAAUCUUUUUACAUGGCACUAGGGCUUUAGCUUUGUGUUUCAUUAUAAUGAUAAUCUUGAGUCUAUUUUAUAAGUAUGUAAUUAUAAAGUAUAAUAUACUACCAGAAGGAUUACUUCCGCCAAUAUUUGCAAUAAAUCAAGAAGAUUCUGAUGUACCUGGAUUGUAUCAACCUUAUGAUCUUUCUCAAAUGAAUGUAUCAACUCCAACUUUUGUAUCAUCUACAAGGGAUUCAGUGUUACAAUCUCCAGUUAAUACACAAUCGCCAGUUGAUACACAAUCGCCAGUUGAUACACAAUCUCCAGUUGAUACACAAUCUCCAGCUGAUACACAAGCUUCAGUAGAAACAUCUCCAGAUGAUACACAAACUCUAGUAGAAACAUCUUCAGUUGAUACACAAACUCUAGUAGAAACAUCUUCAGUUGAUAGACAAUCUCCAGUUGAUGCACAAUCUCCAGUAGAAACAUCUUCAGUUGAUACACAAUCUCCAGCAGAUGCACAAACUCCAGUAGAAAUAUCUUCAGUUGAGACACAAUCUUCAGUAGAUACACCUCCAGUUGAUACACAAUCUCCAGUGGUUGUGUCAUCUCGAGUGGGAAGAUCAUCUUCAAUGGAACAUCCAGCUACAAAAUAAAAUCAAAUUAUAGUAAUCUCUCUAUAAAUAUAUAUAUAUAUAUAUUAUUAUAUGUGAUAACUACAAUGAAUUCAAUCAGAAAAUAUUAUAUAUGUUUAUUGAAAUUCAAGAUUAUCUUUUUAAC